UAUGGGUAGCUUUCACUUCCGCUCUGGGAAACAGUCUUUUGAAACAGGAAGUGCAGAGCUGUAUGUCACUCUGAACUUUUUCUAUCUCUAUAUUGCAUACGGGCUCUGGGGGCUGGCUGGGCUUGAUCCCGUGCGUAUUUACCUGGAAGUAAUGCCCCACUGUGAUGAGCGGGGUUUAUUCCUAAGCCUAAGAGAGUAUGGUUGCUGUUUUAUGUGUUAAUAACCUGCUAACUCCAAAUGGCCCUAUUGUGAGAAGCGUUGCAGUUACUGCAACUUCAACAAGUAUAUCCCCCGAAACCUUGAUGAGCCAAGAAUGAGAAGCUGCCUCAUUCAGGAAGCCCAGACCUUGAUCCAACUCAGUCAAGUCAAGAGAAUCACAUCUGUCUUCUUUGGUGGAGGAACACCAAGCCUGGCUAGCCCACUCACCAUUGCUGCUGUCCUGGACACCAUCUCUCACUGUGCCCAUGUAGCAGAAGGUGUGGAGAUCACAUUGGAAGCCAACCCCACUUCAGCUGAUGCCUUGUGCCUUGCCAGGUUCCAGAAAGUUGGAGUCAACCGCCUCUCCAUUGGCAUCCAGUCCCUUGAUGAUACAGAGCUGAAGCUCCUUGGAAGAAACCACACAGCUUGUGAUGCUGCAAGAACUUUAGAAGAAGCCAAAAAACUCUUCCCAGGCCGUACCUCCAUUGACCUCAUUUUUGGCCUUCCGGGACAGACGGUUGCCUCAUGGAUCCAGGGUCUGGAACAAUUACUCACAAUGUGCGAUGACCAUAUCUCUCUCUACCAGCUAACGCUGGAGAUGGGUACCUCUCUCUUCAAACAAGUCCAUCAAGGCUUCCUGCCCAUGCCUGAUCCAGAUGUCGUAUCAGAGAUGUAUGACUCUGCACGGCAGCUUCUGCAGCAUGCUGGUUUUCAUCAGUAUGAAGUCUCCAAUUUUGCUAGGAAUGGGGCACUUAGUACCCACAACAUGUCCUACUGGCAAGGCAGUCAAUAUAUUGGGCUUGGACCAGGAGCCCAUGGGAGGUUUGUGCCAUGGGGAGAUGGCAAGAUCCACCGAGAGGCCAGAAUACAGACUCUGGAACCAGAUAUAUGGAUGAAGGAGGUGCUGGCCUUUGGGCAUGGGACUCGGAAGCGGACUCCCCUGAGCAAACUGGAUGUACUGGAGGAGGUUCUGAUGCUGGGACUCCGUAUGGAUGUAGGCAUUGUACACCAGAACUGGCUGCAGUUUGUCCCCAACCUCAGUCUGUGGGAUGUGUUUGGAGAAUCUAAGGAAGUGAAGGAGCUGGAGGAACAGGGCUUAUUGCUUCUAGACAAUAGGGGACUUAGGUGUUCUUGGAAAGGUCUGGCUGUGCUGGAUUCUCUGCUACUGAUUCUUCUUGACCAGCUCCAGCAGGCCUGGGCAGAAAGUGAGAAAACAUCCAGCAGGCCCUGAUGCCAAUACAUUGUCCAUGACUAACUUACUGCAGAGGAGAAUAAAAAGGGCUUCCCGAGUUUGGAGGCUGAAGAGCGCUUAGCUGUGGCUUCCUGUCUGGAAGGUUUAUGAAGGCAGAGGUGGAUCCAGAGAAACAUGUUGCCUCUCAAAUGAAGCUGGCGAGCGGACUGUGCUUGCAUGUCGUCGGGCACAACAGUUGCUUCCCUGGGCUCGUCCCUUUGCCCCAAGGUGGAAAGCUCUCUCUUUUUCCAAGGGCCAUGUGAUUUGUACAGGAAAUAAGCAAGGCAUGAAAUAUCUUGAGGCUACAUAAUGAACAAAUUACACAUAAACUGAUGAAACAUUAUUUUCAUAAAACAUUAUUUUCAUAAAAGUCCUCUGCUUUUAUGAGUACACAAUUAAAAGAAAAAUGUUCCAUGGGAGGAAAGUACCAAGAAAAUAGCCAAGGAUUUCUGUGCUGUAUCUACAGGGCAGCUUCCCCAAUGCUGCAGAGUACAACUGGGAGGGCAAAAGUGCCUUUCUGGCUGGGAGAGCCUCCGCCUUCAGAGCAGGAAGCCAGCAGUGUUCUUAGGAGAAUAGCUUGCAGUACAUCCUGCUAACUUUUGGAUUUAAGAAUUUGAUUCGCUUAGACCUGUGUGCCUCUUUGCCAACAUUCCAGGCUCCUGCUCCAUUCUGCCUCCUUCCCUUUCCCAUAGACUGAUUUUGACCUGGUUCUCGCCUGGUGGUUGGGCUUCCUCUGUUUAUCAGCCGUCUUAUCUGCCUCAUCAGCAUUGUAAUUCUUGCCCCGCUGUGCCCUGGUACUAUGUUGAGUUUUCUUUUGACAGUACAUCAGGCAUUGCCUUUGGGCUUGAUAACUGCUGCCUCCAGAUCUGAUCCUCUGCUUUGCACUAGACAACCCAUUGUCAGGAUCCUCAUGCCAGGUUACAAGAUACCAUGGCAUAAUUAUGUUGAACUCAGAGGCACUCUUACCUCUGGACCUUGGGGUCUCGGCCCGUGGCCUCCAAAGGCCGGCGGGGGUGGGGGGGGCUCCUGCCGCCACCGCGAGUUCUUAUCUCUGCCGCUGCGAGGCCAAACCGCUGAUAUUCUGGCCGCCGUGUGUGUGGCCGUGGAGUGGGAGGUGAAGCGAGCAGGGCCCCCAGUGGCAGAGCGGGCAGCGGCCACUGACUGUCCGGCUCAGUGGCCUCUGAGAACUACGAGGUGCUUCAGUGUGCCUGUGCAAUUAGAAUAAAGUGUCGCAAGCCUGUGACAUCACACACACACACACACACACACACACACACACACACACACCCCAUUACACUAUUGUAAAAUAUCUUGGGAAUAUCUUCACAAGGAGUGUAAACCUUCUAGCUCAAAGACUCUGAUGCUGUUGAACAACUGCAAUAAUUGCAUACUUAUCAUGUGGUUCCUACAUAAAAUUAGGCUCCCCUUAAUCUCCUCCCUAGAUUGGUAUGGCUGCACUUUAUCUUAAUUAGUGCAGUUAACAGAGGUACAAAUGAUGUUUCUAAAAGGUACCUAAUACUUGUGUCGUCACAGAGGCAGAUUUUUGCCAUUCACAUGCCCCAAGGAACUAGGAAGCAGAUGCAAAAAAGGCAAUGGCUUUUAUGGGACCUGAUCAUAUAGAGGGAAAUGCACAAGUUUCUGAUCUUUAUAGAGCUCUUUGUCUUAAGCAGAAUGAGAAGCUGACACUCAGAAGUUUGUACAUUCAAUCCAAGAGGAGUCAAGCUACUAACUAAGCUUCUGAGGUCAUUGACACACAACUACUUAAACACAUGUGUUAACUUUGAUGCAAUUAAUAAAUGUUCUAAUGGAAUUUAUUCUAGCUACAGUUCAGGAUCCUUGCAUUCAUGUCCAUAUCCUUGAAGGUUUUCAACCACAGCAUCCUGAUACAAUGACUCUGUCCCAAGGGAAGCAACAGUCUCCUAUGGUCCUA